AGCCGUCGCUUCUGUGUCUUUCUCCCGCAAUCCCCACAAUUUUGACAGAUCUCUCUCACUCCUUCUUUAACUUCACAGUCUCGCAUCCCUUCUCUUCCCAAUCUACCGGACUUCCAGUUGAUUCAGAAGGAGGGACUCAUAUAGUCUUCGCUUCUACUGAUUCAGAUCAGACAUCGUCGGCGGCGUUCUCUCGUCAGAUUAGAGCAUCAUUGGAUUGGGUAGCAGCUGCCAAGAGGAGGAGAGGAGUGAUUUUAGUUUGUCAGAAAGGGAAGUACUGGAAUGGGGACUGCUCUCGCUAGCACAGCCCUGCCUCUUCGAGGCUCUCAUUUAUUCAGAUAUUCAUUCAGUCUCUUCAGAAACUUCAGCUCUGCUUCGUCUUCGGCUUCUUCCGCUUCUCAAAACCCUACCACCUCUAAGAAGUCCAAGAGAAGAAAGAAGAAGAACCUGUUCGAGGUCGCUCAGUUCUUGCCGAACUGGGGAAUCGGAUACCACAUGGCCAAGACUCACUGGACUGACGUCUCUUAUGAAAUCACCAAAAUCAAUCUCUACAAGGAUGGAAGGCAUGGCAAGGCAUGGGGAAUAGUUCAUAAAAAUGGCUUGCCUGCAGCAGACGCUGCAAAGAAAAUUAGUGGGGUUCACAAGCGCUGCUGGAGAUACAUUAAAAAUAUAGUAAAAUCAUCAGAAAGCUCACCGAGCUCAACUGGUUCAGCAGACAAUGGCCUCAAAGCUGAAACCCAAGCGAGUUAAUAUUUUCGUUUGAUGUUGCGUGGUUUAGAAUUGGUUUUUGUCUGAAAUAGACGUUCUUCAAGUGUAGAAGUUUUAUUUUUAAUUUAAAACAAUCAAAUUCAUCUCAUACAUUCAUGUAAGGUUCCCUGCAUCCCCCCCCCCCCC